AUUAGAAAGAUUUUAUUGAAAAAAAAAACUCAUUCAUUUUUGUUCCAUUUGUGACAUUUUAGUAUGAAAUCUUAAAUUUCCCUUACUAAGAUAACCCUAUUUCUUUCUCUCUCUUCCGCCCGUUAUCUCCUUCUCAACCGCUUCUUCUUCUCCGUUCACCACCGCCGGCCAUUUACGGUCCAAACCAAUCCUUGUUCAGAACACAAUCUGAAACCCGGCUUCCUUCUUCCUCGCGUUUUUCUCUCGCCCGACACCACGACCCAGGCGGUUAGAGGCCAAGAAGAUCUGUGAGCCGUGAGUUCGGAGUUUGCUGGAAACUUAGAGAUUCGACAUUCUAACGGGUUCGAUUGGGCCAUUGAUCAGAUCAGAUUCAGACCCUCGGAUAGAGAAAUUGCUCACUCAACACUCAAGUUCAACAUUUGAUAAUUUAGAUUACAACGAUGGGUUCCUUAGAUCCACCAAAAGCGGAGAGCAGUUACUCUAAUGCCGCCGGUAAGUCGGACGCCAUCCACAAAUCCACAGGUGAUGAUGGUGAUCCGCCUGUUCAUAAGGAAAUGACGAUGGAGUACGACUCCUUGAAAAAGCGCAAGACCAGCAUGCUUCCCCUGGAGGUCGGCACAAACGUCAUGUGCCGUUGGAGGGACAAUAAGUACCAUCCUGUAAAGGUCAUUGAACGUCGGAAACUUCCUUACACGGCUCCCAACGAUUAUGAGUAUUACGUCCAUUACACUGAAUUUAAUAGGAGGCUUGAUGAAUGGGUGAAGCUUGAACAACUAGAUCUAGACUCAGUACAAGCUGUUGUAGAUGAGAAAGUAGAGGACAAGGUUACAAGCUUGAAAAUGACACGUCAUCAAAAGAGAAAGAUCGACGAGACACAUAUAGAGGGUGGACAUGAGGAGCUUGAUGCAGCCAGCUUACGUGAACAUGAAGAAUUCACAAAAGUGAAAAAUAUAGCAACUAUUGAACUUGGAAGAUAUGAGAUUGAGACAUGGUACUUCUCCCCUUUUCCACCAGAAUACAAUGAUUGUUUGAAGUUGUAUUUUUGUGAGUUUUGCCUCAAUUUCAUGAAGCGCAAAGAGCAGCUUCAAAGGCAUAUGAGGAAAUGUGAUCUCAAGCAUCCCCCUGGUGAUGAGAUUUAUCGAAGUGGUACACUCUCAAUGUUUGAGGUUGAUGGCAAGAAGAACAAAGUUUAUGGGCAGAACCUUUGUUAUUUGGCAAAACUGUUUCUUGAUCACAAGACCCUUUACUAUGAUGUUGACCUCUUUCUCUUUUAUGUUUUAUGUGAAUGUGAUGAUCGGGGAUGUCACAUGGUUGGAUAUUUUUCCAAGGAGAAGCAUUCUGAGGAGUCCUAUAAUUUGGCAUGCAUUCUUACGCUUCCACCUUAUCAAAGGAAAGGCUAUGGAAAGUUUUUGAUUGCCUUCUCAUAUGAACUUUCCAAGAAAGAAGGUAAAGUUGGCACACCUGAAAGACCCCUCUCUGAUUUAGGUCUUUUGAGCUACAGAGGAUACUGGACUAGGGUACUUUUAGACAUUUUGAAAAAACACAAGGCCAAUAUUUCUAUCAAGGAGCUGAGUGACAUGACAGCCAUUAAGGCAGAUGACAUAUUAACAACACUACAAGGCUUAGAAUUGAUCCAGUACAGAAAGGGGCAGCAUGUAAUCUGUGCAGAUCCAAAGGUUUUGGAUCGUCAUCUAAAAGCAGCGGGUCGUGGGGGUCUUGAGGUUGAUGUUAGCAAGCUGAUUUGGACCCCAUACAAAGAGCAAGGUUGACUGACUUCUCUUCUCAUCCACAGAUUAAAAAAUGACAGUUAGUUGAGUGAUCACUUCUUCUGCUUGUAUAAUCUAAACCAACACCUCCAGACUAUAUAUGAACUUAGCAACAUAAAAUCUAACCGACAUCUCCAGACUAUAUGUGGUCCAUUGUUUCUUACUCCUAGGGUCUUAAUUAAUCUUAACAUCACCAUUUGUGUCUGAUUUGUUCUGGUAUGUUUGGUUAUCGUGGACCUCAACAGUCAGAAUCCUUUGCUACUGUUUGUACAAGGUCUGUAAGAAAAGUGUGUGUGUGUGUGUGUAUGUACAUAGCAUUUGCAACUAUUAUGAAUAUGACUAUUAUGGCACCA